AUGAAAGUGUUGAUUAUUUUUCUGUUUUUUUAUUUUUCGUCAGCUGUUGAUAAAGAAGGUAACUCAAAAUUGUCAGUUAGUUAAUCUAAUUUUUUUCAAAUCUCAGAAACAGUGAGUGAUGAAUGUUUGGAAAUGUUGAAAAAUGAAAAUGAGAAUACAACAAUUGAUUUCAAUUCAAUUUUUGAGCGCAAAAAAUGUUCGCAAGCACUCGAUAAAGAAAUUGGAAGUAUGUUAGAUGAUGCACAGCAAGAAAAAGAACCUGGGAAUAUUUUUGAGGAACUCGAUUUACCGAGAGGCCAUUCUUACUGUGAGAAAGAUGGAAAUAUGUUUUUUUUUUUUCAAAUAAAUUUUUACAGGCAGAAGUUUUUUAUAUUCAUAUUAUAAAGGGAUCCCUCACAAAUACAGCAAUAAAUAUAGGAAGACGUGUAUUUACCGACUUCAAAAUUAUCAUAAACGAAAAAUGGAAAGAAUACACACGAAAAUUGAGCAUUCAGGAAUGCACGAGUUGUUAGAUUAUCCUUUCAAAUAA